AUGAACAUGCCACUGCAUCAUCUCUCUGCCAUUCCUUCCCAGGAUGCUGGGGUCUACAGGAGUAAAGCCAAAGAAAAGGGGAGGGAAGAACAGAAUGAGAAGACUUUGGGACAUUCCAUGAGUCAUUUGAGUAACAUUUAUAAGGCUGGGAGUCCCCCGCUGGCGGCAACAGCUCCGGUGUCUGCCUUUCCCCGUACUUCUGCGACACCAUCCAAUCAGGACAUCUGCAGUUCCAGUACAGUGCUUUCUGAGUGUUGUCACCACAGUCCAGUGGAGUCUGCUGUUGUCUUGAAAACUCCUUCAUGCCAGAGUUCUCUGACCCCAGGGCUCACUGUGACAGUUAUCUGUAAAGACACAUCACAGGCAUCAAAGAGAAACUCCUGUGGUUCUGAAUGGGUCCAGGCCUUGAAGCCUGCUAAGAGUAUCGAAGCCAGAAGAACCCUAAAGUUCUCCAAGUCCCUAAAUGAGAUGGGUGCGAAGGCCCAGGACGCUCAGGCAGGUUGUGACUAUGUGGAAAGAACUUGUUCUGAAGGAAAGUUGGUACUCCCCCAAGAACCCUGUCUCAGAAUUAAUAAGUUCCAUCAUAAAGAAAAAAGAAUGCUCAAUCGAAAACCACUUGGCACUUCCAAAUAUUCUUGUGUCUCAUCUCUUUCUGCCCAUCAUUCAACUGCUUCAGAGGCCGGAGUGGGCAAGGGAAGCAUCCAUGCUCCGCUUUUAGAAGAGAAAGCAGAUGGCGAGGCCCUGUCCAGGAGCAGGCUACUGCUGCGCUACCUCUUCCCCCUGGACGUGAGUGCCAGCAGCCUGCACAGGCUCCACGAGCUGGAGGGCUGCCCCGUCCACCUGCACACAGCCAGGUCCUCCAGUGGGCUGGCUGGGAGCUUCUGCUCUGACGACAUGGGCGACGAUGACGUCUUUGAGGACAGUGUGUCCACAGAGCUGAAGAGCAGGGGCCUGCAGGCACCCCUUUGCUCAGUUGAAAAGGACAGCGACCUGGACUGCCCUUCUCCCCUCUCGGAAAAGCACCUCCCCAUAUCUUCUGUGUCCACGUCAGGGGACACUUGCAGGAUCUGCCACUGUGAGGGUGACGAUGAAAGCCCCCUGAUCACCCCCUGCCAUUGCACCGGGAGCCUGCACUUCGUCCACCAAGCCUGCCUGCAGCAGUGGAUCAAGAGUUCUGACACGCGGUGCUGCGAGCUCUGCAAGUACGAGUUCAUCAUGGAGACCAAGCUGAAGCCUUUGAGAAAAUGGGAGAAGCUGCAGAUGACUGCCAGCGAGCGCAGGAAGAUCAUGUGCUCAGUCACCUUUCAUAUCGUAGCCAUCACCUGUGUGGUUUGGUCUUUGUAUGUGCUCAUUGACCGUACUGCUGAGGAGAUCAAGCAGGGGCAGUCAACAGGAAUCCUUGAAUGGCCCUUUUGGACUAAAUUAGUGGUUGUGGCGAUCGGCUUCACUGGUGGACUGCUUUUUAUGUAUGUGCAGUGCAAAGUGUACGUGCAAUUAUGGAAGAGACUCAAGGCUUAUAACAGAGUAAUCUAUGUUCAAAACUGUCCAGAAACGAGCAUAAAGAAUAUUUUAGAAAAACCUGCACUAACAGAGCCCAACUUUGAAAAUAAAGAAGGCCCUGGACUCUGUCAUUCGGACACAAACUCUUCUUGUUGCACAGAACCUGAGGAUGCUGGAGCGGCCAUUGUUGAAGUCUUCACUGGAUGA